UCUCUUUUCCUACUUCUCCCCUACACCCCCCCGCUGGUGACGUCAGCGGAGGCUCCACCGGCGACUUCCUGGUCAGACACAGAGAGACAGCUGUGAGCAGGGAGAGACGGCUUGGGACAGUGCUACUUAGGUUCUGUGGGGUGAAACAGUAUGAUAAAGAGACGCCGGUGACCCAGGAAGUGCGCAAGAAAUAGCCAGGCAAACUGAGUAAGACUGUGAGUGUGACAAGAAGUCGGACAGGUUCGGUAGUGGGUGCGACUGUAGCAGGUAGCCUGGUGGGAUAAGUGCUGAGAGAGGCGGGCUCAGUGACUUUCUAGUACUGUACAGCUGGGGCCACAGAGCUAACAACUUGCCUGGCAGCGGUACAACUUGAGAUAGGGAAAAGUAACACGGAGACUGACUGCGGGACAUGCAUAGUAAGCACAACGUGACAUUCACAUACAGCACUUAUAGGGUGUCCCUCAUGUGUAUACUGGGACAGGCACUGACAGACAUGUGAGACAUCCCCUCAGCAGUAAUUGGGACCGAGAUGAGCUGAGUAUGGACUCCAGGACCAGGGAAAAGCCCGAAAGAACUUUUGAUCUGGUGAUUAAAGUCGAGUGUCCAUCCUCUGAAAAUGAAGACCCAGUCUUGCUGUGGAAGUUCCCGGAGGAUUUCUCUGACCAGGAUCUUCUAUGCAUGGUGCCAAAGUUUUGCUUUCCUUUUGCCAUCGAAAGGGUGACUCAGUCUCAGAUUGGACAGCAUUUUACCUUUGUUCUUACUGAUAUAGAAAGUAAGCAGAGGUUUGGAUUUUGCCGGCUGACAUCAGGAGGUAAAAUCUGCUUAUGCAUCCUAAGUUAUCUUCCUUGGUUUGAAAUUUACUACAAACUGUUAAAUACGUUGGCUGACUACCUAGUGAAAGAACAGGAGAAUGACCUGAAUGAUAUGUUAAAAUCCUGGUACAAUCAUCCAGUUCCUGAAGCACAUACACCUGUCAGCCUGAGCCUGAACCAACAGCUGUUUAUUUCAAGUGAACCUGCUUUAAUAAAGCAGCCUUCUCCCUUGCUGCACUCGUAUUUCAUUACUCCUGACGUAACUGGACUGCCGACAAUCCCAGAAAGUAGGAACCUGACAGAAUAUUUUGUGGCGGUGGAUGUAAAUAAUAUGCUUCAGAUCUAUGCAAGUAUGCUCCAUGAACGCCGAAUCAUUUUUACCUCAAGAAAAUUAAGCACUCUUACAGCCUGUGUUCAUGCCUCAGCAUCUCUUCUAUAUCCAAUGUAUUGGCAACACAUAUACAUCCCCGUCCUUCCCCCACACCUCCUUGACUACUGUUGUGCACCCAUGCCUUAUCUUAUUGGAGUUCAUCUAAGUCUCAUGGAGAGGGUAAAAAGCCGCUCACUGGAUGAUGUUGUCAUUCUAAAUGUAGAUAACAACUCACUAGAAACGCCAUUCAAUGAUCUCUGCUUACUUCCAAGUGACGUGGUUGCAACUUUGAAAAGCAAAUUGAAGAAACAGUCAACAUCCACAGGAGAUGGGGUGUCCAGAGCCUUCCUAAGAGCCCAGGCUUCCUUGUUUGGGUCAUAUAGAGAUGCUCUCCGAUAUAAACCUGGUGAGCCUGUCACAUUCUGUGAGGAAAGCUUUGUAUGCCACCGUUCCAACACCAUGAAGCUAUUUUUAGAGACAGCUGUUAACCUACAACUUUUCAAACAGUUUAUUGACAGCCGACUAGAGAAGCUCAACUCUGGACGAGGGUUUACAGACCUAUUUGAAGAGGAAAUUACUUCAGGAAAUUCUAGUUCAUACCAACAAUGGGUGCACACAAUGAAGAAGGGAGGCUCUCUGAUUAACACUGCAGUGAUAAAAGCCAGCCCAGCUAUGAAGAGCGCCUAUAAGUUUGCUAAAAAUCAGGCAAAGCAGGGUAUCAAGGAGGUGAAGAGCAAACUUAAGCACAAGGACAUUGAGGAAGAAGAUUCAGAAUAUAAUUUACAGUGUACACACUCCAACACGUUCCCAUUAAACCACUCACACCGACAAAGUGGUCAAAGAAGAAAAUUAUCACAGACACGAACAAACAGGCCCCUGACCCACUUGGGUAACCAUAGCUCAGUCCAGGAGGACGCUGAUCUCGGGGAUAGUGCCAGCAAGUUGUCUUCAGAAGACAGCGAAGAAGCUUCUGGAUAUUUUGAUGAUAGUGAUACUUCAUAUGAUGAUGUGAGCUUGUCUUCCCGGCCAGGGGGAGAAAUGGACCUUCUUGGGGAAAUAUUGGACUCACUAAGCACUCACAGCUCAGAUCCAGGGGCUGGGCGUCUAACAGCUGCUAAGAGCCUGGAUUUCUUUCGUUCUGCAGAAGAUUUGGACUAUAAAGUUCUGAACAAGACAUGUCCCCCCACUGAAACCAACCCGAGUCCCAUGUGCCUGGAUUCCCGGAAUGAAUGGAAUCUGGGGCAGGAUGACAGUGUGCUAUACAGGAAGCAUCUCCCUCCCUCUCCCCGCAAGCGAAGUCAGGAUGAACAGACGUGUCAAGGCAACGAUCGUCGCAAGUCAGAAUUUCCAACAAUCAUCCUCACUGAUACCACUGCAGCUGGGAACACUGUACGUCCCACUUCUCUGCUUUAUACUUGGAAUAUGGGAAGUGAAGGCAGAGCUAGUAACAAUUUCAGGGAGAAUUCCCAGAGAAGCUCUACUAUGCAAGUGCCAUGGGAGAAGGAGGAGGUGGAUAUGCUCUCCCCACAGAGCACAGAUAAUCCCCCUUGAAUUUAGAGCCACUUUCAUCUAAAGCUUUACUCAAACAUUCCCUUGGGGCUCAGUGUUUCAUCUAACAUUAUUGACUUCUUAGAAAUGGUCCUGAGUUCGCCUGGAUUUGUUCUUUUGAAUAGUGAUCCAGUUGCACUAACAAAAUGUAAGGUUAAAAUAUCACAAGACUAGUUAUAUGCCAGCCUGAGGACAAACAGGGCCUAAGUGCAGGAAGCUUAUGUGCAGUCCUUUCCCCUGCUUGAGUGCUUCCAUGACACAAAAAACUGUUUUCACAACGUUCAUCUGCCAAGAGCUAACUGAUUCAAUUAACUAGUCUGCAACAAAAAAUGUAACUUAAUUUUCAGGGGAUGAUAUGGAAAUAUGCAAGUGGUUGGGCUGAAACCUUCAUCAGGUCUGUACGUUAAAAAACUAGCAUAAGGUUCUCCGCCCACUGAUGGUGGCAAUGAAUCAACGGUACAACUAUGCUAAAUGACCACCUGAAGAAGUGGAGCAGGGAGCACUGCAGGGGGCAAAGCAAGGGGGGUGACAGGGGUGGCCAAAAUUGAAUUUGUGUCUUUGUCUAUUGAAAAAUUCUGAAUAUAUUAUAGAUUUAAUGUAGUGUUUCCAUGACCUUUGCUAAUACAGGUAUGGGAUCCAUUAUGUGGGAACCUGUUAUCCAGAAAGUUCUGAAUUACAGAAAGGCCUUCUUUAAUAGACUUCUUUAAAGCAAAUAAUUCUAAUUUUUAAAACCGUACCUUCAACCUUGAUCUCACUUAAGA